AUGACUUCAUCUUGCUACCUGACCGCAGCAGUUUUUAUCAUGUGCUGCUCAAGAACAACAGUUGCUCAAGAAAGUUUAACAUUUCAGUCGGGGAAAAUCACUUUCGUUGGAACAACUUUGAACCCAACAACAACGUUUCCUCAACAAAAUUCAACAUUUCAACCAGGGAACAACACUUCCAUUGGACCUAAUUCGAACAGCUGCAAAAAUCUUCGCGUUGACAAAUCCAAAAUAGACGAAGUACUGAGUAAGCAGGGCAGUUCCACUACCACGAAUAUAGUUAACAUAAAAAUUUCUAUUGUUCCUGGAAAAAAGACACCAUUUUUGCAAGGACUGGAAUUGCCUUGGGCGAGUGCAUUUGGUCGCACUAUAAUUCAUUUGGUUCGGCGCGCCAGAGAUAGCUGGAUCUUCACUUCACCUAUCUUUACUUUCAUGUUAGAAGUUGGAACUGAAGAAGUGGAUAUUCAAAUCACGGAGGAAACAGAUGGUUGUUUGCCAUCCAAAAAAGAAAGAACGGAUUGGAUUUUUGACUCUCUUCUGCAUCAGCUUUCACAUAGUUUAGACAAACGUUUCUUUAAACUUUGCCGAAUCAACGAUGAAUCUAUCCAUUAUGCAUCAUACAACUGUUGUAGAAUUGCCGGUGAAAGAAACUUGACAGUUUGUGCUGAAUAUUCGUCUGUUGUAGUCGAAUGGGCUCUUCCAAUAGUGAUACUCGUAUUUCUUAUAUCCUUUUUCAUGAUUUUACCUUUUGUGCUCCAGUAUAUCAUAAGAUAUCCGACAACUGAGUUUUACAAAACUUCUGAAAGUCAUAUGUCUCUUAGUUCUCUUGCAUCUUAG